AUGACAGGCAGGAAGAAUCCAUUCUUUCAGGCGCAACUCCGCCGAGAAGUUCACCAACUGAAAGGAGGUAAAGUUUCACAACUCGGGGCUCGACUUUAUACUGUUUUUUGCCAGUUCAGUCAAGCCCUACAAGCACAGAUCCAGAAGAUGUCGACCGUGAAGGAACUGCGAGAAUUGCUUUCUCUGACGCCACAUCCCGAAGGUGGCUUCUUCUACGAGAGCUUCCGCGACGACUCAGUUCUUGAGAUCCAUGACAACGGCGAGGUGAAGCAAACAGUCAUUGGCCCCGAUCUCGCGGCUGGACAGAAGCUGCAGUACACUGUCCAGCCGAUGGUCUGGUUUGGGGCUUUUCCAACCAAGGAUUUGAUCGACACCACCAAGUGUGUCAAGGCUUCUCCACGAGACUCGGACAAAAAUUUCUCGCUGGUUGGGUGUACCGUCGCUCCGGGCUUCGAGUUUCAGGACUUUGUCAUGGGAGAAAGCGAGGAGCUCAAGAAGUUAUUCCCCCAUUUGGCUGACGUGAUAGAGUACCUUACUUGA